GAGAUUGGAAAAGCUUUCAAUGUAAGUUUCUACCCAACUUCAGACUGUAAUCUAGUUUUAUAUUGUAUCUUGAAUCAGUUAUGUUUACUAAACUUGUUGAACUUAAACACGUCAUAUGACUUUAGACUUAUCAAACGUAUUUAUAACCAACAGUUCAAUUUCAAAGCGUGACCUAUUAACUUAAUGUGAGCGAUCUGACAUCAAAAAACAGUAUUUUUUUUAUAUUGUGGUAUAAAUUCGGGAGAGACCAAACUUUAGAAAAAGUUUCAGUUUCCGUUUAACUUUCAAUAAAACUAAAAACGUUGAUUUAACAUUUCUUUCUGUGUUCAUGUAAACUUGAAUUAUUUGGCAUACCUCAUUUUUAUCGAAAUAUAAUAUUUCAUGUGUUUACUUACGUCUUCAGUGACCUUUUUAUCCCAUGUUCCCAUUGUGUCAAGGUCAUAAGAAACGUUUAGGGUUUCGGCGUAAGCGAGCUACCACGAUCAAUGUCCAUCGAAGUGAAGAAAUUGCCCCGCGGGAGUGUCGCCAUCUGGUCAACCAAGUUAGUAGUGUCUCGUCAGACGGAGAAGGAAGUUUAAGUAGCGACAGCACUGCGUGGUUCCCAUCUCUCAGACUGACACCAGAUGGAGAGUACUCACACUUUGUGGAAGGACUAGGACCAGGUCAGCUUGUUGGUCGACAAGCGCUGGCUUCCCCAAGCUUAGGAGAUAUUCAGCUUAGCCUUUGUGAUCGGAAAGGGAACCUUGAGAUCGAGGUUAUACGUGCAAGAGAAUUGCAGCCAAGAGUAGGAGCUAAACUGUUACCAGCACCAUACGUCAAAGUCUAUUUAGUUCAUGGACGAAAGUGCAUCGCGAAGGCAAGAACCUCAAUAGCCAGAAGAACCUUAGAUCCUCUUUAUCAGCAACAGUUGGUCUUCCAUGAAGAUUACCGAGGAUGUAUCUUACAGGUAAAAUUCAUUCCUGAUGUAACUCUUCUUCCGAUUAAUUUAUCGUUACUGAAACUCCUUAUGGUUUAA